CGCUGGUCCUCGAGUGGUGGGGGGAGGAGCGGGGCGAGCGGCGGCACGGCCCUGUCAAGGCGCAGCAGCUGCAGGCCAUGCUGGACGUCGUCAUCGAGCGGCUGCACCCCAGCGAGAGUAGCAGGCCUGCCGUCAAGGCCGCGGUCUCUCAGCCGUCGAUCGCCAGCAACAGCGCGGACGACAAGAGCUCAUUGUCGCAGCCGCUGGACAAGGUGGCGGACUGGAAGGCAGUCUGGGAGGAAUUGAUCUCGGUCUCCAAGCACCCCGUCGCGAAGAUGGUCCCCGAGCUGCGGAGCUACGACUUAGAGGAGGUAUCCGCCUCGGAGUUCUACGUCACGCUGAACACCGCGGCUCCCGCAUUACAGUACAUCGUGCACUGUAAGUACGACAAGGCGCACGGGGUCUUCUCAGCAGAAAGCUCUGGGAACGACAACUCAGAGCCAGAGAAGACGUGGGCCCUAUUUUACAAGGAGCCCCUCGUGAUCGAGUGCUGGGGCGAGCAGAAGAUCGCUCGAGGCUUUGGAGCUGCACGCUGCGAGCAGAUCAAGGCGUUCCUCGACACGGUGAUCAAGCGUGUCCGGCCGGACCUCGGGCGCAGCGGCGUGCAGGUAACGUCCAACGAGAAGCUGCGAUGCGCCAUCUCCUCGCCCCUGGACGCCAUCCUCAGCUUCGACAGGCUCUGGAACGAGCUGGUCGAGCUGCUCAAGCGGCCGCAGACGCAGGGCGUGUUGAAGGAGGCGACGCUGAAGGUGGCGUCUGACACCGAAUUCACCGUGGUGCACACCCUGGACGGUGCCAGUCUUCCACGGCCAGAGGCCAAGGGCAAGGGCAAAGGCAAGGGUGUGGACGACGUGAAGACGAUCCUGAAGUACAGGAUCGACAAGAGCAAGGGCGAAGUCUACCGCGACUGCUACAGGAUGGCCGGCGGCCUGAUCGACCGCGGCUGGAUCAUGGUCCGCACCCGGCCCCUGCGCCUGGAGAGCUGGACCGAGACCCCCGGCCUGAGGCUGACCGGGCACGACAAGGCCAGGCAGGUCCAGGACAUCCUGGACGGCGUGGUGGGCCUCACGGGCGCCUGACGCCCCGCGGCGUCGUUUUUUUUUCUCGGCGGCGAGCCCCCGGGGGGUGGGGGGGGGGCCGACUUUUCGCGGCGGCGCACGGGUCUCUCUCGGCGGCGGCCCGACGGAGGUGGGGAGGAGGUGCAGCUCGGAGGGCAACACCGAUGACGGUGGCAGUAUCUCCCUCCAAGGCCGACGUGGUACUGUAAAAAGAGCCUGUUGCGAGCCGGUACACCUUAAGGCGGCGCGGUGCUGUAUGCAAUACCGGUUAAGUUGCGUAGCCGGUCACUGCUGCGGAUAGGCGAUAGACGGCCUUAGCCAGCUGGUGCUAGAGUGCCGGAGCACUUCAAAAGCAGUGCGCUCCUCCAUUUAAUUGGUUGGACAUUCAUAGAUGGAGUGGGUGCAGCUUUCGCCCUUCAACCCAUUUGUCCGCACCAGCAGCGGUCAAGCUUUUUCCUGUAUUUGCGCUGCGCUUUUUGGUUGUCUGACGAUUGGGCUCCCGUCUGGACAUCUGUUCUGAGGGGCCAUGGGGCCAGACACGGUGAACCACCUUCGUCUGGGUGGCGG